UGUCAAAGAACAACUACGAUCAAUCGCUGUUGUCGACCUAUUCUCUUACUUGCUCCCAAUCUUGCUGCUCCUCGUGUGAGCUGGCUGCACUCUAUUCCCAGGACAAGACAAUCACGCCUCCCCGGGUCUCCUCCUCGCGUCAAUCGCCAACGCCCUCCUCAUACGUCCCCACAGAGCGUUCAAGAGCAGGACAAACCUCCCCAUUAGACCACCCUCUCGACUUUUCUACUAGAAGAGAGUUCAUCACGGCUCGCUGCGGAAAUGUCGACGUAGUAAGGGUCUUUUUGACUCCCGUCGCGGGUCAUUAAGUCCCUGAGAUCGCAGCCGGUUCCCUAAGACGGCUUCCACACUUCGCUCGGACACGGCAUCCACUGCCUAAAGUGCGGCAGUAAUGGCAGAGGAUGGCUCAGCCCAGCAGUUCCUCAGGCCCCCGGCGAUCGCUGCUAUCAAGAGCGACGCCGGGUUCGGGAGUGACCUCACUCGCCAUGCAAUGGAACGUUCAUUUAGUCAGGACAUUCAAGAAGGCACGCAAGAUCUGAAAGACGCGGCGGAGCAAACGCGUAACAUCAUACUCGACUUGAGCCUGGAUGGUCACAUACGAUGGGUCAGCCCGUCCUGGACGGACGUGGUUGGCACAGAGCUUGACGCUGUGAGGGGCCACAAGAUUUCAGAGUUCAUCAGCGACGAUCCUCAUGUGUUCGAAUCGGCCAUUGAAGCGUUGAGGUCCAAUGACUCCAAGAGUCGACUUGUCAAGUUCGCCGUCAAGAUUCCUACAUCUUCAGACAUGGCCCCCAUGCUUUCGACAGAGGACGGCACAGAGCCAAACGAAGACAAUAUCGAAACUGACGAGUCCGGACGGGCUACCCUGGAACUGGAAGGGCAGGGUAUUAUGGUAUAUGACAGGGCCUCUGGAGGCGAGUCGCAUACUAUGUGGAUGUUACAGCCUGCACAGGAGCCUUUACGCAUCGAGAUCGCUCUUCCGCGGACCUUGGUUGAAGUACUCGGAGUAGGGGCAGAGAUCCUGGCAAAAUAUCUCACAGAGUUAGCAGAGGCAGGGGCCAACGACCCCGAAAAUCACCCGCCUCCCCUGCCUAUCCUCUGUCGUGUCUGCGAACGCUCGAUCGUACCUUGGUGGUUUGAGAAACACUCGGAUCUAUGUGUUCAGGAACACAAGGCCGAGAUGGAUGUGCAGAUGAUUCAGGAUAGCCUCGCGGAACAUCGAAAUGCCAUCGUCAAAGUGCUCGACGCCUUUGAGGCUCGCCAGGGUCGGAAAUCUGGGGACAACCCCCCUGCUCAUAUGGCUGCUCCAGAGUACAAGGGUAUGCCAAUCGGUCCCUCGCCCAUUCAGUCGUCUGCUGUUUCGUCCGCAGCAGGUUCUCAUGCUGCGAGCCCGGCGAGGUCAAGAAGUCCCUCUGCCGCCGGACUGGGGCAUGCCCGCGCGCGGUCAUUUGUGGUCCGACGACCGUUGGUCCGGAUUGUCGAGUUGAUUCUCGAUCUUUGUGAUACCGCCAUUGAGAUUAGUGUGCCUUCGGUGAAAGACAGCAGGAGCAGUAACGAGGACGAGUUCAGGUCCCAGUCGCCACAAUCCGAGUCAAGGAUUACCCAGGUCUACAAAUGGCAGACUCCAAGCAGCCUGGAGAAUGAACCUGGUCUGGCUGCCUUGAGUGUAGAUACGGAAAAAUUGGCCCGCCAGAAGGUAGACGUUGUUCGGCGACAUCAGGCUGUCCUCGAGUAUUCGGAACGAAUUCGUCAGGAAUAUAUGGCUGAGGUCGAUGCCUGUAUCAGUGAAGCAUUGAUCAAAGCUGAACGGGCAGCAGCAGGAGAGUCACUGUCUUCCAGUGAAAGCGAGGCAGAAGACGACUCUGCGCUUGAGGGAAUACUUGAGAGCCCCGGAGAAGAUGAAGAUGCCACGCCAAUGCCCACCGAAGCAGAGAACAACCGCACCAUAGGGUAUGCAGGAGUGCGAUCCAUGGCUUCUGCCCUCCGAAACCCAAGAGAAAUGCAUCAAAUCGCCACGACAGAGCAGAGACGCUCUUCAUCACAGGCAGUCUCGACUGGUCCGAGCAGUCCCAUCGAAUGUCCAACCCCUAGAUCGCACAAGAGCACCCUGAUAUCACAGCCGCAGCCAGUUUCCAACAGACGAUCGAUGUACAUCGACGAUGCCAAUGACAGCGACAGUAGUCUGCCAUCGUCUUCAAUUGUAUCAAACACUUGGAGAACGGAAUCUCCUGCUUCAGUAUCAGACAACGGCCGAUCGGCAACUUCACGCGACAGGAAAAGACGAAGUUUGCACAUUCACGGACUGAACUCAGCUUCUCCUCACCGUCAGCAAUCACCUGGGAGGUAUCCGCCGCCUCCGCCGUCGCCGCUUCGAAUGAACAAAUCCAGAAUCCCUAGUGGUGAAAUCGCCGCUCAGUCCCCCAUUGUAUCACCAUUGCUGACGGCAGGCGAAUAUAUGCCUUCGACGGGGGGCUCUAUACUGCACCGGCGGCAGUCUUCUAUGCACUCGUCCGAUAAGGCGCCGUCGUCUCCUAGGCUCAAUUCCAUCAGUCAUCCUCAACAGCGAGCACAACCUCCAUCAAUCAAGGACUUUGAAGUUGUCAAACCCAUCAGCAAGGGUGCAUUUGGUAGCGUAUACUUGGCCAAGAAGAAAAGCACCGGUGAAUAUUUCGCCAUCAAAGUGUUACGAAAGUCCGACAUGGUUGCCAAAAAUCAAGUCACAAACGUGAAAGCCGAACGUGCAAUUAUGAUGUGGCAGGGUGAAAGCGAUUUUGUUGCCAAACUGUAUUGGACUUUUUCAAGCAAAGACUUCUUGUACCUGGUGAUGGAGUAUUUGAACGGAGGUGACUGUGCAUCUCUGAUCAAGAUCUUGGGUGGACUAAGCGAAGACUGGGCGAAGAAAUAUAUCGCAGAGGUGGUCCUCGGGGUUGAACAUCUUCACAGUCGAGGCAUUGUGCAUCGCGACUUGAAACCGGACAACCUACUGAUUGACCACAAGGGACAUCUGAAGCUGACUGACUUUGGUCUUUCCCGUAUGGGUCUGAUAGGCCGACAGAAGCGUGCACUCAAGGCACCGGACGAGCCUGCGCCCGAUCUUUUGAAGCAAGGGCCCUUCACACAAGCAGGUGCAGGCUCUGGAUCUAAUACUGCGUCAAGAUCUGCUUCAUUCGACGAUCAAGGCCCCCAUUCACCUGCUUCCACGCCGUUGAUGACACCUGCGCUCGCAGGUGGCCUCGACCAGCCUUCCUACUUCAGUUUGAAUCGUGAAAGUUCGUUGAGCCGAGAAGUAUCCUUCAGCCGUUCUGGAACACGCAGCCAUAGUCGCAGUGGCUCGAGCUUCGAUCUACAUCACCUUUUCAAAAAGCUAGGCGUCCAAGAGGGGAGCGAUGCACCACCUCAACUCAUUCCUCGUGGUCCUCCGGCCGCCGAGGACGAGUCCUACAGCCAAGGUAGUGCAUCGCCAGACUUGUUUCCUUUGUCUCAAUCAAUGAGCAAUAUCUCACAGCCUCCACCACCGGCUUCUUCCCAGGUGCUACCACCCCUAUUCGAUCCUGACGACAAUGGUCGGCGUUUCGUCGGCACUCCAGAUUACCUAGCACCUGAAACCAUAAACGGCACUGGACAGGAUGAAAUGUGUGAUUGGUGGUCACUGGGCUGUAUGCUGUUUGAGUUUCUCUACGGAGUACCACCCUUCAACGCCGAAAGUACGGAACAAGUCUUCGAUAAUAUCCUCAACAGACGAAUCGCCUGGCAUGAUGAUGAAGACUUCGAUGUCAGCCCAGCGGCGAAAGAUCUGGUCAACAAACUCAUUCAAUUAGAUCCCGAUGAGAGAUUGGGUGCAAACAAGGACGAAAAGUACCCAAGUGGAGGCGCCGAAAUUCAAGCACAUCCGUGGUUUGCUGACAUUAAUUGGGACACUCUACUCGAGGAUGAGGCUCAAUUCGUUCCCAAUCCUGAGCAUCCCGAAGAUACAGAGUAUUUCGAUGCUCGCGGCGCUACUCUAUCCUCCUUCCCAGAAGAACUCGAAGAUCAACUCUCCCCAGCCGGGACGACUCCGCCUACAGGUGAAUAUCCGAAUCGUCCCCAUGAUGCACUAUUCCGUGCCAGGUCCCAAGCAAGUUCAGCCAAAAGAGGUCUGAUGCCGCUUCAUAUUCCUCCUCACGUUGCCCGCGAUUCUCGGAGUCGAAGACUGAGCGAGCCUGUGAUUGCCGACGACUUUGGCAAUUUCACGUUCAAAAACCUGCCCGUGUUGGAAAAGGCCAACAAGGAUAUCGUGGAGAAGAUGAGGAAGGAGGCCAUGCAAGCUCAAUCACGGGGAUAUUCAAAUCAUUCUCAGGCCAUUUCCGCGGCUAAUAGCCCUGCAAUGGGGUCUCCAGCUCCUUCAUUGGAAGGUAGUCCGAUGAUGCCAAUGCCUGUAAAACGAGCUUUGUCCAUCAGCAAAGGCCACAGACCGGGCUCCCCAUCAAGCUUGGGAGGCACAUCCAACUCGUCUCCAAGUCGUCCCUCGCAGCCAUCUUCGCCGUUGCUUGUCCAAUUCUCAGCGCAGCAUCAUGAAAGACGAAAGACUUCUGGAUCAUCCCAGGGCAGCAGCUCCUUGAAUCCCGGAAGUUUCUUCGAGAUACCACAUGAUGCGAUCAGGCACGGGGCUCCUCUGGCAUCUUCCCCAAUUAAAUCCGCACGAGCACUUGCCGUUUCCCCCGCCAAAGCCAUGACUUCCCACCAGCGACAAUCGAGCAUUCAGGGACGAACUCGCUCACAAACAGUUGGCUCGCAAGAGAGUGAUGGACAAUCCGCACGAGACUCUUUUAUCCCUGGCCAUUAUAAACGCAAGAGUCAACUGUUUGUGCGGGAUAUCUCUCCUUCAUCUUCGGAUAACGAAGCGGCACAAGCAAAAGCCUUGCUCAAAGUGCAACGUCGCAGACAAAGUUCGCGGAGAAUGUCGCAGAUCAAUAUUCUAGAUGGUCCUGUCUAUCGGCCACUGGACGUGUUGAUUUGUGAAGAUCACCCAGUGUCUCGAAUGGUCAUGGAGAGACUGUUCGAGAAGCUACGAUGCCGGGCUGUGACGGCUGCGAAUGGUCCAGAUGCUCUCCGACUAGCUGUGAGCCAGAUUCAGUUUGACAUCAUCUUCAUGGAGUUUAAGCUGCCACUUAUCAACGGUGUCGACGUUGCUCGUAUGAUUCGAGACACUAAAAGUGCCAACACCCAGACACCGAUUGUCUGCAUUACGGGCUAUCUCAAGGACCUGCCUGAAGUCCAUCAUUUCGAUACCCUCAUGCAAAAGCCGCCGACCUUACAGAAGUUGUCUGAAAUGCUCUGCAAGUAUUGCUCAUGGAAACCACCGCCCAGAGAUUUCAAGCUUGCCGCGCCACUGGUUAUUCCGCCUAUCACGACUCGCACGGAUCCUGCACAGACGCAAGACAGCCCUAGUUCGGUUGCGUCCAGCCUGGCGCCGACCAUGCCAGAAUCCUCCUACAAGGGAUCCAGUCGAGAGGACUCGAUCGGUAGUGGCGGUUUCUUCAGUGACAUUGAAUCUCUUAAAAAUGAUGACAUUCCAGUUAUUGUGUCUCGAGCAGCUACCGAUGACUGGGCUAAAGGUGGAUUAGGCAUUUCCGAUGAUAUUGUGGUAGGAGAAAAACCCUAUGUUCGGAGUGGGUUCCCUCACCUGGUUCACACAGAGUCUGCUCCUCCGACCGCAAUGACUGAGGAACCUCCCGGGUAUGGUCUGCGUACGCCUCGUCGCCAGAAGUCCUCAGAAGCUGUCAAGCUGAAGCGUGAUCGGUUGGAAAAAAGCAUGCAAGAGUCUACCGGUCCGGCCGAGGAGGGAGACGACGAAGAUGAAGAACUUGGCGAUGUGCAAGCUAGGGCGCGCUCACCCCAGGGCAAGUCUGCUCGACCGACCUCGAAAUUGGGGAUUGAAAUGAUGCGCACUAACAGUCGCGGGAGUGUUAUCUCGAUGGGUGAAGACAGAACGGCAGAAGCUGACACUCUGAGGCGCUCUCUGGAGAUUCUGGAAGAACGCUUGGAAAACCUGCAAAUCCCCGAGGAGCCGUCCGCAAUGGAGGUGAUUGCAAGUCAACCACGCAAGAAGCUGGACAGACCGUUUUCGCAACACUCACAUCCAGGGCAAGAGACUGAGCGUCGUGUCAGCCAAGGUCAUAUCACUCCACCUGUCAUUUUCCCUCAAAAGCCUGGAACCACCGUGGCUGACGUGGCUGAGAUAGCAGUCGUCGAUGCCGAUGCCACUCCAGUAGCGCUCAAGGUCGUUGACCUCGAGCAAGAAGUCACACCCAAACCCCAGGGAAGCCCAUCUGGUCCACACACGAACGAAUCUCGACCUUGAUGGGCCCCUGUCCUUGUUUUUCUAUGUACACUCCGAUGAGUGAUUUAUUUUACGAGAUCUGUUUACACGACCGGAAUCCGAGUUUCU